UCUGUCAUGAACUCAGUUUCACAUUCACACAAUUCUUGAAAUUGAUCUGAGCAAUCUCUCUCUCCCCUCAUCUGCACAGAAUUUGUGCAAGAAUGAAUAUCAAAAACAGUUAUUGUUUCCUUAUAUCUGUGCUCUUCCUUUGUUUCUCUCUCAACACCUAUCUCACCUAUGGAGCUGACACCAUAUCUGCAAACCGGCCUCUCUCUGGAAGCCAGACCGUUGUGUCUUCAGGUGGAAACGUUGAACUGGGUUUCUUCAAUCCAGGUAACUCUUCCAACUUCUACAUAGGCAUGUGGUACAAAAAAGUCUCUCUCCAGACAAUAGUUUGGGUAGCCAAUCAAGAUAGACCCAUCUCGGAUAAGUUCUCUUCAGAACUUACAAUUUUACAGGGUAACUUGGUGCUUCUCAAUGAGUCUGGAACACCAAUUUGGUCCACUAAUUUGAACUCCACCACCUCAAAUUCUUCAGUAGCUGUUCUUCUUGAUGAUGGAAAUUUGGUUUUGAGAGAAACCCCAAAUUCAUCAGAACCAAUUUGGCAGAGUUUUGAUUACCCAACAAAUACAUGGUUGCCUGGUAUGAAGAUUGCAUACAAUAAACGAACAAAGACAAAGCAACUUCUUACUUCAUGGAAGAACCAAGAAAAUCCCGCACCAGGAUUGUUCUCUUUGGAGUUAGACCCAUUCGGCAGUCAGUAUAUUAUAAAGUGGAAUAAAACUGAACAGUACUGGACUAGUGGGCGUUGGAAUGGGCAAAUUUUCAGCUUAGUACCCGAAAUGAGGUUGAAUUAUAUCUACAACUUUAGCUAUGUAGACAAUGAGAAUGAGAGUUAUUUUACAUAUUCUCUGUAUAAUCCUCAAACUAUAUCUAGAUUUAUCAUGGAUGUUUCGGGGCAAGUCAAGCAACUCACAUGGUUGGACCCUUCCAAAUCGUGGAAUUUGUUUUGGUCUCAACCAAGACAACAAUGCGAGGUUUAUGCUUUUUGUGGGGCUUUUGGUACCUGUAAUCAGAAUUCAAUGCCCUUCUGUUCUUGUGUGAAGGGUUUCAAGCCUAGAUCGGAUCAUGAUUGGAACCUGUCUGAUUAUUCCGGUGGGUGUGUGAGAGAAACUGGCCUGCAAUGUGGGAAUACGAGUGCAGGUAAUGGGAAGAGAGAUAGGUUUUGGGUGCAAAACCAAAUGGGUUUGCCCCAAUAUCCUCAAUCAGUCGCAGUUGGUAGUGCUGCAGAAUGUGAAUCCACCUGUUUGAACAACUGCUCUUGCAAUGCCUAUGCUUAUGACAGCAGUGGGUGUUCAAUCUGGGAUUUAGACCUCUUGAAUCUGCAACAACUUUCACAAGGUGAUAGUGGGAAAACAAUCUAUAUCAAACUUAAUGCCUCGGAGUUUCCUAGUAGUAAAAACAAAAUGCGCAUUAUUAUAGGUGCUGUUGUGGGUUCAGUUGUAGUUGUACUCGUGGCCUUAAGCCUUGUGUGGGUUGUAAUUCAGAGACAGCGAAGGAGAUUGGUCAGCAGUGCAAAGGCAGGUGAGGGUUCAUUGGUGGCUUUCGGCUACAAGGAUUUGCAAACUGCAACCAAAAAUUUCUCAGAAAAAUUGGGUGGAGGAGGUUUUGGUUCUGUUUUCAAGGGAACUUUGCCUGAUUCUACCGUCAUAGCAGUGAAGAGGCUUGAAAGCAUCAGCCAAGGAGAGAAGCAAUUUCGCACAGAAGUCAGCACAAUUGGGGCAGUCCAGCAUGUCAACCUUGUACGGCUUCGUGGGUUUUGCUCUGAAGGUGAUAAAAAGUUGUUGGUAUAUGAUUACAUGCCAAAUGGCUCAUUGGAAUCCCAUCUUCUCCAUGAUGAGGAUUCAAAGGUUUUGGACUGGAAAACAAGGUACCAAAUUGCCUUGGGGACCGCCAGAGGGUUGGCUUAUCUCCAUGAGAAGUGCAGGGACUGCAUAAUUCACUGUGAUAUUAAGCCAGAAAACAUUCUUUUAGAUGCUGAAUUCUGUCCAAAAGUGGCAGAUUUUGGUCUGGCCAAGCUUGUUGGGCGUGACUUUAGUAGGGUUCUCACGACCAUGAGAGGGACAAGAGGCUAUCUUGCACCUGAAUGGAUAUCAGGAGUAGCGAUUACAGCCAAAGCCGAUGUUUACAGCUAUGGAAUGAUGCUUUUUGAGUUCAUCUCAGGAAGGCGAAACUCAGAGCAAUCUGAAGAUGGGAAAGUUAAGUUCUUCCCAACUUGGGCUGCAAGCGUAACAAUAGAAGGUGGUGAUGUCCUUAGCCUAUUAGAUCAUAGGUUGGACGGGAUUGCCGAAUUAGAGGAGGUGACAAGAAUGUGUAGAGUGGCUUGUUGGUGUAUCCAAGAAGAUGAAAAUCGCAGGCCAUCUAUGGGUCAGGUAGUGCAGAUCCUUGAAGGAGUUCUAGAUGUGAAUCUGCCUCCAAUCCCACGAUCUCUCCAACUGUUUAUUGAAAACCAGGAGCAUAUAGUUUUCUUCACCGAGUCAUCCUCAGCACCGACUGACCCUUCAAACGCUUCUUCUCAGUCCAAGAGCACCAUAUCAUCAAGAAGUUCCAAGUCCUGAAGAAAAUAACGUUGAUUUCAGAACAUAUUUAGAGGUGGCUGACUGGGAAUCGAGCCAAGAUCAGUUGGAUUUGCAGAUGAUAAUAACUUGGAAUACAUAAGCUAAUAGAAAUCGAGCUCGUAAAGAUGAACCAGCCCAGAAUUGCGAUGAGAUUGCUGCUUUCUCAUAAGACUAUACUACCAGAAGUUUCUUGCUGCACAGUUGAUAGAGUAAUUCAAUUCAGAUGUGCAAGAUGGAACUCUUUAGCAGUGGAGGAGAGAACUAGAAUUAGCACCAGAGAUUGGAUGGGAAUGAAUAAAGAAAUAUUAAAUUGUCCUAUAUCCAAUAUGAAACUUUGGUUCUUCCUCGAAUUUGUGCUACUUUAUAAUGCAUAUAAAAUAAAGCCGUAGAUUAUACCAAGCAAAUGACUUGUUUUAAAUUCAAAUAUAAAUGAUAGCAAGGCCAUCUGAAAGAAUAUAACAAAAAGGGUCGCUAGAGAAAACUAAUUUAGCUGAGCUCUCAAUUUCAUGGAGUAUGCAGUGAGUUUAAAUUGUAUUUUGAGGUGGCAUUUGUUGGUG